GCUCGGAAGACGAGCGCUGGGGACGGCGGGGCUGCCGAGCUCCCAAGUAGGGCUGUCGAGCGCGGGCUUCCUCCUGGACCAGGAAAGAACAAUCAGAGAGAUUUCUAGAAGUGGGCACCAGCAUAUUGUGUCUAGAAGCAGUCUGGAAUACAAGUCAAGCGCCUAGGACCAGCCUGGCAUUAUCAAACAAUGGCAGCUAAGAGACAGUCUAAGUCUGCCCAGCCAUCAAGGACAUCGGUCAGUUAUGAGGACGUGGCAGUGAGUUUCACACAGGAAGAAUGGAACCGUCUGACUUCUACACAGAAGAACCUUUACCAGAAUGUGAUGUCAGAAACCUUCAAGAACCUAACAUUUGUGGAAAAGAAAUCUCAAGAACCUAGCCCAGAUCUGGAAGAUAAGGAUGAUGAGGAGAAGACCUCCGGUUGCACUGGGGUGUUCAAAGGUGGACCGUUGUUUUUCUGUCUGACCUGUGGCAAAUGUUUCAAAAGGAACAGCUUCCUCAUUAAUCACCAGUUUCCUUUGAGGUCCAGGAGGCUAGCAGUCACAAAGCCGCAAAGUCGCAAAGCCCGCGGCCGCAAGCCCCAGCAUCAUGGAGACAGACCUUUCUUUUGCAAUCUCUGCGGCAAGACUUACCGUGAUGGUUCUGGACUGAGCCGUCACCGACGUGUUCAUUUAGGUUAUAGGCCCCGUUCGUGCCCUGUGUGUGGAAAGUGCUUCCGGGAUCAGUCUGAGGUCAACCGCCACCUGAAGGUGCACCAAGACAAGCCAGGGGCUAGCCACCUAAAGGUGCACCAAAACAAGCGAGUGGCUAGCCACCUAAAGGGACACCAAAACAAGCGAGUGGCUAGCAACCAGAAGCGGAAGGGUAAGGUUCCACCUCCAAAACCUGCAUCCCAAGCGCCCGCCCUCAAGUAUGUGAAAGUGAUCCAGGGACCAGUAGCCAGGGCUAAGGCACGGAACAGCAGAACCUCUUCCCUGAAUGUGCGAUCCAACUCUAUUGCAGUGGUCCACUCAAAAGAAAAGAUCUCUUGCCCCUAUUGUCGCAUGACUUUUGCCAUGAGAACCUGUCUCUUAAGCCACCUCAAUAUCCACUUCAGACGUCAACACAACCAGCACUUCUGUUGCAGAGAGUCCCACUCAGCCAACACACUCAAGAUGCAAAAGAUCUACAAUUGCCCAGUCUGUGACAGCUCCUUUAGGGGAAAGGAAAGCCUGCUGGAUCACUUGUGCAGCCGAAGACCAAUCAGAUUCAGUAAAUGCUGGGAAAUCCUGGGUCAUUUGCUUGGCUAUCUUCGUGAACCCGUGGUGCUGGGAAAUAUUUUUAAAGUAAGGGAAUCUCCAAGGAAAAAAAUGGAAUCCAGGAAGAGAAGACGGAGACAAGCAUACCGUAAGAAUCUGGAAACAGACUCGUCUGAGGAUAGUGAGGGGUCUCUGUGGUCAAUGGAGGAUGCCACCAGCUCUGACCUGAGUUGAACCCUGACCUCAUGAGUUUGAACCCUGAGACCCCUGUAACAGGAGGAAAGAACUGAAUCCUGACUUCACACAUGCUCAUGCAUGACCCCAUCUCCCUACUCCACAAAAUAAAUACAAUUUUUAAAACUAAAAGAAGUGGAGGUUAGGGAGGUCUAACUGAGGUCUUUGUACUUGUUUUCUCCUGAAGACUGACCUCUGGGAUCAGGAGGCUUGAGCAGGAGAGGAAUGGAUGAUGAAGGAAAGAGACAAGGAAAGAAAAAGAAGUGUGCACAGAGAAACUUGUAUUAUUAAUUAGCACCUAGCUUGUUUAUGUCUGGUAGACCACCAAGUAGUAAUUGUUGGGAAAACAAACAAACAGUGUAUACUCAGAGAAAUAAGAUAGGAGAAAUGAGAGGAGUAUGAAGGAACACGAAGGUAUGGAACAUAGGGGAGCAGACCCAGUUCUCUCAGCCCUCGCUUCUCAAGGUCCUCCCACCAGGCUGCCAAAGCAAGAUGGUGUUGCUCUGAUCAGUAUUCUUUUUAUUUUUAGCUCCAGGUUUUGGUUCAAGCUCCCAUAUUCAUACCCUGGCUUGCUUAGCUUUCCUUGAUAUUGUGCACUUUUCUGUCUCUGUCCCCGUACUCUCCAUAUUGAUAUUCUUUUCCCAGUCAAGACUGUGGUCUUGGAAGAAAUAUCCACCGUUUGCAGAGUUGAUGUUCUGUAGUUGAUAAUGAUGUUGAAGUGCUCAGUAUCCCGGUUGGUGGAAUCACUUCUGUAUUACUUUGGCGCAUAGGUGUCUCCUGAUAGACUGCCUGGCCUUAGCCAUAGGGUGUUUUCUAGAGGCAGACUAAGACAGUAAAAAAGACGUGGAAGUCAAAAAUUAGAGGAAGGAGCUGAAGAAAGGCAGACAGUUGAGGGAGGGAAUCAAGUUCUAUUUGGGAUCCAGAGUGUUUAUAGAGAUGUAGAUUGGAAUAUGUCCAUAGCAAAGAGGCCAAUGAGAGACAUCCC